AAGUGAACAUCUCACUUAAAACAAAUAAACCCUUCUUGAUUCAGCUAUUUCCUCUUCAAACAAUGGCAUUACAUCGCCACCAUUCCCUUUUCUUCUUCUUACUCAUCGCUCUGUCAUCCAUAACAAACCAUGCGGUGGCACGUCAUCUCCUAGAGUCGCCUGUCCCUGAGGUUCCCAAGCCCGAAAUCCCAACUAUACCGAAGCCAGAGCUACCUCCACUACCCAAGCCUGAGCUGCCAUCGUUGCCUAAGCCUGAGGUUCCAACACUACCAAAACCUGAAGUCCCAGUAUUGCCCAAGCCCGAGUUUCCAACACUGCCAAAACCAGAGAUACCUGUGUUGCCAAAACCCGAGAUUCCAAUACUACCCAAGCCGGAGGUACCUGUGUUGCCAAAGCCUGAACUUCCAGCACUACCCAAGCCAGAGGUACCGACAUUGCCUAAGCCAAAACUUGAAAAGGCUGAAUUGCCAAAGCCUACUCUACCUGAAAUACCAAAGCCAGAAUUGCCAAAACCAACGAUGCCUGGGCUACCAAAGCUCCCAGAAUUACCAAACCCUGAGGUCCCGGCUGUCCCUAAGUCUGAGGUUCCAACAGUGCCAAAACCUGCGGUACCGACUUUGCCUAAGCCCGAGGAUCCAACACUACCAAAACCUGAGAUCCCGGCUUUGCCUAAGCCUGAGGUUCCAACACUACCAAGACCUGAGAUCCCAAAUUCACCAAAGUCUGAACUUCCAACACUACCCAAACCGGAGGUACCGACUUUCCCUAAGCCAACACCAGAAAAGACUGAGUUACCAAAGCCUACUCUACCUGAAAUGCCAAAACCUGAGGUCCCUACUUUGCCUAAGCCCGAGGUUCCAAUAGUGCCAAAACCUGAGGUCCCAACUUUGCCUAAGCCUGUGAUGCCAACUCUACCUAAACCAGAAAUGCCAAAGUUACCUGAACUUCCAAAGAUUCCAGAACUUCCCAAACCAACUUUGCCAGAAGGACCCAAAUCCCGUUGAUUUGCUUCGACAUAGGAAAAAGUCAUCCGAAAUCUUAUUUCAGAGAUUUACCCUACUCUAGAGGGAUGGAUAAUUCUAGAAUGAUUGAUUUAUAGUCAUUGUUGUCUUUUUUUCUUAUUGUUUUCCAGUUUGUCCUAUUAUAUGUAAGCUUGGUGGUAUGUUCUGGGUAUUUACUGUUUGUAAUUCUUUGUUAAUGCCGUUAAAUAUAUAUUCAUGAUUGAUCGAGGCUUACAUGAUUAA